UUGGUGCACCCGGACGGCGGCAACUUUACGGUCAGCAUUCAGAACCUGUCACCAGGUACAGUGUACGAGGUGACGUCGGUGAGCGUGGUGGACACCGAACAGGGAGGUCUGGAAACCGAGUCUCCUGUCAACGUAUUCACGACCGAGGGUGAUGCUCCUGGGAUAGCGACUGCAGGCUGGUUAAUCGCUAUCCUCGUCGCUAUAAUGAUCCUCAUCAUUGUACUGAUCAUCGUUUGCUUGGUGAUCAGAAACCGAGGUGCCAAGUAUCCGGUUUCUGAGAAGGAAAAAGAGCAAGGCAGGGAGCCCAUGCUAAAGGAUGACAAGGGUUUCGACGAAUACACCCACCCCGACGUGGACGAAGACAAGCAAUCGCUCACCGGCAGGAGUAAGGGUGAGUCAGAAAACGACAGCAUGGCCGAGUACGGCGACGGCGAGACGGGCCGCUUUACGGAGGACGGCUCGUUCAUAGGACAAUACGGCGUACCCAACCGAGUGUUUAUCAAACCUGGCAGUGACCGGAACAGAACCGACCUUUCGACGUUUGUGUGA